CCCCGGGCGUCCCGCCGCGGUCUCGCCUCCGCCCGGCUCUUGCCGUACUGGCGGUGGCGCUGCUGGGCGGGCAUCAGUGCCUGCCUCUUGGGCAGCAUUGCCAGCCUCUGGCUCCGGCUGGUCCGACUCCGGCCCCGGCCCCAGGCCCGCCUCCGACUCCGACUCCGGCCCCGGCCCCGGCCCCGGCCCCGGCCCCGGCCCCGGCCCCGGCCCCGGCUCCUCCCGGGACCCGCCGCGGACACAGACGGCGCGACCGCUCCCGCCGCGUCCGCGGCGUCUUCCCCGGUCCGAGCUCUUCCCCUCGGCAGCGCGGCCCCCGCCCCCGAGCUGCCGGUGUCCCCUUCGAAAGAGGCAACAUCUGGGGAUACCCGGCCCGGGGCGGUUGAGGAGCGGCCGCGGGCCGUUUCUGGAGCCGGGCCGAGCGCUGACAGCCGCGUGUCGCCGGCAGGGAAGGCGCAGCAGGGCCUGACGGAGCGCUACCGGGUGGGCUCGCUGCUGGGGCGCGGCGGCUUCGGCAGCGUGUUCGCGGCGACGCGGCUCUCGGACGGCGCCCCGGUGGCCAUCAAACGGGUGCCACGGAACCGCAUCCGUCAUUGGGGCGAGCUGCCCAACGGCACCAGCGCACCACUCGAGGUCGUGCUGCUGGACAAGGUGUCCACCGGCUUCCCUGGUGUGGUGCAGCUCCUCGAGUGGCUCGAGCUCCCCAACAACGUGGUGCUGGUGAUGGAGCGGCCGGAGCACUCUCAGGACCUGCUUCGUUUUAUUCGAGAGCGGGGCUUCCUGUCAGAGGAGGUGGCACGGGAGCUCUUCCGCCAGGUCCUGGAGGCCGUGCGGCACUGCACCAGCUGCGGGGUCCUUCACAGGGACCUGAAACCAGAGAACAUCCUGGUUGACCUGGCCACCGGCCAGGCCAAAUUGAUUGACUUUGGCUGCGGCACCCACCUGCAAGACACAGCCUACACCCGCUUUGCAGGAACACCAUCGUACAGCCCCCCGGAAUGGAACCACUUUGGCUGGUACUACGGCGAGGCAGCUACCGUCUGGUCCCUGGGCAUCGUGCUGCACCAGAUGGUCUGCGGGCAGCACCCGUUCCCGAAGGGCCGGAACAUCAGCUGGGGCCAGCUGUCGCUCCCACAACGGCUCUCUCAAGACUGCAAGGAACUCAUCAGAUGGUGUCUGUCCCUGCACUCCUUGGACAGGCCCUCAUUAGAAGACCUGUCGUGUGAUCCUUGGCUGCAGGAUAUUCACCAUCCGUAGAAGAAGGGAGAGAGCCACAGGCACACUUUGAUCCAGGGAGCCGCCGCAGGGAAGAAGGAGCCCCUGGAGAAGCUGUGCCAGGUGGGGCUGCUGCGUCUGGAGACAUGGAGGACGACGUCAAGGAUGACGAGCUCUUCCU